AUGGCACCAGGCUCCCUGUACCUGCUGUCCGAGGCAUUGGGGAGGACGGGUGCCAACGCGUUGCCCUAUGGCGACGACUUCAAGUUUGCAGUCCGGCAGCAAGUUCAGGAGGUCCUGACGACAGUCAAGUACAAUAUCCCGGUGGCUGUCUGGCUGCCGGAGCAGUUCCCCCUGGCACCCCCCAUCGUGUAUGUCGUGCCGACCCCUGACAUGAUGAUCAAGCCAGGGCAUUCGGUGGUCGACCCAUCCGGCUCUGUGGCUUCCCUGUACCUAGAAAACUGGCUGUACCCAGGGUCAAAUCUUCGAAUCCUGGCAGAGGCGCAGGACCUGGCCACGGAGGACGCGCUGUACGUGCUGGACGGCCUGCUGAACAGGGGCGGCAUUGCGCCGGAGGCCUACCUGAAGCAGGCCAAGCUGGUGAUCAUCUCCAACAACUGCCCCUCCGUGCGCAAGUCCGAGAUCGAGUACUACGCCAUGCUUUCCAAGUCCAGCGUGCACCACUUCUCGGGCAACAACGUGGACCUGGGCACCGCCUGCGGAAAGCUGCACCGCGUGUCUGUCCUCACCAUCACCGACGCUGGCGACUCGGACAUCCUAAAGACCACCGAGUGA